UAUUAUUAUUAUUAUUAAUCACUUAUCUACCAGGCCGUAGUUGUGAGUUGUGAGUGUGCCGUCGAGAAGUUUUUUUUACUUACGUUUACUCCUACUUCUGAAGUUCUGAACAGUGAAUAAUACUAUAACUAUUAUUGCGACUACAACUACUACUUGUUAUUACUUCUACAGUUCCACUACCUACUACUACAUCUUGAUCUACAAAUGCGACUACGACUACUACCACUAAAAUAUAAUAGAUAAAAUAUAAAAUUAUUUAUUUUUUCACCACCGUGCACGCGUGUCGCGGACGAAUAAAAAUAUAAAAUUGAACGAGAUUCAUAAUAAUUUAACUAACGAUUGUGUUUUUUGUUUCAUUUUUUGCCGGCGAUCGGGGUAAUCGUCAUUGUCGCUAAAUGUCGCAUAUUGUUUUAUCAAAAGUCACAAUAUCACCGCACCGUCGUCUGGCCUCUCAGUCCUCAGAAUCCUAUUGCCAUACGAAACACUAACGUAUUUAUACUACGGAACAAUAGUGAAAUUGUUGUACCUACCUAAGUCGUACUAUCCAUCUGUCUUACCGAUCGUGAAUACUAUGCUGAUACAAACGUCCACGAAAGCCACAGUUUACAACGGUAGCAUCGUUCACUGUCGGCAACGGAAACGAGCGUUAUUCGCGUCGUCGUAAAGUCGUCUUACCGCCGUGUACAGUACGAUAUUCAUCUACUAGCCUGCUUAUAAUCUGCCGCCAUUAUAUAUAUGCGUAUCUACCGGCCGUGGACAGCAGCGAUAUAAUYUAUCAAAUGGUUUUUCGAUACCAUGGUACGCAGCCGUGGUGGUGCUGUCGUCGCAGUUGCCGAGUCUACAACACAUUGCAAUCUGCCGCAAUCGUUCGCCACAGCAGUGCCAUUGGCACCAACAGCACCAGUAUCGAAUCGCUGCCGUCGUCUCUAUAAUAGUUGUGGUGGCAAUAACCAUGACACGAGAUUCGGCGGCGGUCGCCGCUCUAGACGACCGCCGCCGCCGCUGCCCUAUAUCGGCGGCAUCCAACGUAGUGGACGAUGCCUCAACAUUGAUGACAAACAGUAUUGCUAUGAGCGGAUCAAUUAGCAAUGAUGACGUUGGUGGUGGAGAUGAAGGUGGUAGCCUCAAAUCCUCAUCUGAAGUGUCAACAACAACUAGCUGCUUUGGUGGUAGCAGUAGUAGCAGUAGAAGUGGUAGCGAUGAUGACGAUUCUGCUACUGUUACCCGGUUGGCUACAGCAAUUGAUGAUAGUUGUUCUACAACCAUCAAGACUCCAACACCACUGUCAUUGCACAAACAAAAGGAAGACGAUAAUAAUGGUGAUAAAGAUUCUUCUAGCAGUAGUCAUGGYGAUGAAGCAGCCAUGAUAACCRCUCCAACAAAUAUUGGAGGACGUCUAACGUUUUAUAAAGACGGCAAGUUUAUAUUCCAACUAGCAGCACAUCACCAACAAAAUCCAUGCAACAAUCCGUCUGCUUUGACAUCUCCAUGCCGUUGGGUACCAGUUCCGACAGUGAUACAGCAGCAUAAAAAUAAUGUUAAGGGCAUAGGUGAAUGGUCACAGCAUCAGCAAAAUAAAACAAUAUGGCCUUACUCGGCUACCAAUAAUACCCCUGACAGUAACACACCUCAACCGAUACAGCAAUCACAACCACCAACUGUAAGGAUUGGUGAACGGAAGCAACCGAAUUUUCAACACAGAACGACGCCCCCUCCACUUUCUCUCAUUGACGGUGCUGUUAAUACAGGUGGAAUAGUAGUUGCAACAACGACAAAUAUUGUUCGCAGACCUUCUAGAAAGUGUUCAACUACUGUAACAGCAGAAAAUAUUACCGAUUUUGAACAUCAACGCUGUCAACCACCAACCCAACUUCGAGGUUUACCGAGACGCUCACAGCAACACCAACAUCAGUCGUUCAUAAUGGUUGCCACUGAGGCAAUCAAGGUUCAGAGGCGUUUAUUGUCAUUGCCAAAAAAGCAGCAUCUCUGGUGUCAACGAAAUAGAAAAUCGAUGACUAAAAACUCCUUGUUACAAGAACUUAAUCCCCCACAAAUUAAUUUAGAAUGCAUUAUACGGAAUCUGUGGUGUCGGCGACAUACAACGGAAUUAUUGUUGCGCAGGCAACUCUCGAUCAACAAUAGUGGAGACAAUGUUACUGCUACUAUUUCCACUGUUGUUGAUGUUACCCACACGGUGGCUUCACGCCACGUUUCUGUGCCAAGCGUUAUCGAUGCCGCUUGUCCCAAUACUGGAGGUAGCAAGCGGCGAUCGAUGGUUUCUCCAUCGCCCUCCACCGCUGUCCUAAUUCCUAUCACCACUGCUUCAAUGACCCUUAAUAAUAAAAGUAGCAAUAGUAGUCCUCACAAAAAAUAUAAAUUAGGAUACGAGCAGCCGACAGAACAGAUACUACCACCGCAACGACGAGUGGUAGUAGAUAAAAUUGCGAAAAAAGCUAUUCCACAACCUCCUCCGCAAGUUAUUUCCACCAACGACCAUAGUAUAACUGCUAUAUUGUCUAGUGGUGCGACUGCGGCCAAACGCUCUAGUAUUAGCAGUGCUGUUUCAAUGAUAAUGGAUCCAGAAAAUGGCGUUGUUACCACAACUACUACUACUAGUGCAGUAUUGUCACCACAUAAAAACCUUCAUACGCCGUCACCUGCGCCGCUAUCCUUAUUGCGUACGUUGCUUAAGAGUCCGAGCUGUGAAAGUGGUUCAUCACCUAUAACUACUAGUACAAAUGGUAUUGGAUAUAGACAUCAUACAAAUAGCAGCAGAAAAAGAUCAUCAGUCGAAUCUACAGCUGUUUUAUCAACACCAUCUAUUAACGCUGCUGCCAUUAAAGCUGAAAAUGGCCUCGGAACUCCGACCAUUUCUAUACCAUCUGUUGGUGGUAAUACAUCAGAUAAUACUUCUGCCGUUCUAACUGCUCUUCAUCAACUUCCAACUAUUCACCACCCGGCUGCUGGGCAGUUAGCCGCAGCUGGUUACUUUAAUGUGUUGUACCAUCGAGCCGCAAUGGCUGCUGCUGCUAUGGCAUAUCAAACCAACGCACAACUGCCUCAGCCGUUACCUAAAUCUCAACCACCAUCUUUGUUGUCCUCACAAUUUCCCAUCACCAGUGGUACCAGUAGCACUUGGCAACGUCAWUUGAACCGGCAGCCGUCUCUUGUGCAUCAACCAGAAGCGAUUGUUGGAAGUGGAGUUACCAACGCCGCCAUCCCUUCGUCUACAUCCACGGUCGUGGCACCUUACUCUUCGCCUUUGGUAGCUGCCACUGUCAAUGGCAGUAGUUUAUUGCCACCUGCUACUCCGUCGCCACCACCUCCUCCAUUAAUGUUGCAUCCUCAUCAUGUUCACCGUCACCAUUUAUUGUUACACCGUCAGCAGCAGUAUCAACCAGCACCCACGUUACAACGACAACCAUCAUCGUUUCAUCAGCUCAACCAUCGACAACAGGGUAGUAGCUUCAAAAAAAGAAGUGGUAUGGCGUUGGGUGCUACUGAAUAUGGCGUUUGCAUAGAAGAAAAUAACUCUGGAGUUGUAGCUACCCUAGAUGAAGAGUCAUCCUCUUCUGCCGAUUGUGUGCCGCUCAAUCUAUCCAAGGAUUCUAUAACUGAAAAUGUCAGUGGUACUAGUCCAACGGCAAGAGUCAGGUGACACUCGAGCAGAAAUUUCAAUAGAUUAGCUAUUAGCAUUAGACUGUUUGGCCAUUUCAUAAAGGCUAACUGAGUAUACUAUUUCAUUAUCGUGUCAAAUACUUUAUGUACUGAAUUUGCAAAAAUGUAUGUAUGAAUAUAAAAAGAACAAUAUUGUAUUUUGUAAAUAUAUAUUCAUGCGUACAUAUAUUAUAUUA